UACAUCAUACUAAUUGAACUUGUAAUUAUACUUGUUAUCCUCUUUCCAAUUGACUUUUGUAUUUAAUUUCAUAAUUUCGGAAAAAACAUACAUAAGUCAUGAGGUGAUGAAAGCGAAGUGUGAUAUCUUUGAUUCAGCUAGCAUCUCUCAUCUUCUCUAUAUUGCGAGCUCCUUUCAGCAUUCAUUUCCUGUAAGCUUUUAUUGUGCUGGUUUCAUUAUCAUCACUAGCUAGAUUUUUUUUCACUUCUCCACCUUUUCUUUGAGAUUAUUUGCAUAUCUGGUUUUCCCUUUUUAAACCCUUUUGAACAAUUUCUUAUAACCAAAGGAAACCUAAAGAUCUCCCAAUCCAUGAAAAUUCAUCAAAAGAAUUGAAGAUGAUGGAUCAAGUUUUGAGAAAGAAACCCUAGAUUGAUUAAUUAUUGGGGCAAUAACUCCUACUAAAUUAAUCGAUCGAGCUAGACAUUAUGGAUGAGUGGAGCCAUCUUGAUUCCUUAUGGUCAGUUGAUGAAGAGAUACUAGAAUCUGGGGUGGGCCCAGCUCAGAUGGAUAAUAGAGCUGGUGAGGCCUCAGCCUCAGCCUCAGCCUCAGCAUCAGCAACACAACAACAAGCAGUAGCCAGGAACAAAUUGAUCAAGACAAGAUCUGCAAGAAAGAAUAGUAGUACUAAUGUAACAGAAAUUGCGGAAGAAGAAGGUGUGAAGAAGCUGGACCACAACGCAAAGGAGAGGAUUCGAAGAAUGAAGCUUAAUGCAUCUUACCUUGCUCUUCAAGCACUGCUUCCUGAUUCCAGAAGAUCUAAGAAGAAGUGGAGUGCACCUGCAAUAGUAGAUAGAGUGGUGACAUACAUUCCUGAGCUGGAGAAUGAGAUAGAAUCAUUGAGAGGCAAAAAGGAAAAUGUGCAGUUACAACGAGCCAAGGAGAGUAAAUCGAGUGCUAAAGAGCAAGACCCCACCAUUUCUUUGAACCAAGUUAAUCAACAAGAAGCAAUUUUUCAAGUUUGUUUGGAGAGACAAGAACAAGAAGAAUCACAACUCACCCAUUUUCUGGAAGGUCUUGAAAGUGAGGGUGUGAGCAUCAAGAGCGCUUCGGCUCUCGACGUUUCUGACACCAGAAUUUGCUUCCAUUUACACAUCCAGGUAACCUACACAUCUUAAUUCUAUCUAAUACUCUAU